AUGGAAAAAGAUAUCAGGGAGCUUCAAAACAAGCUAGACAAAGUGCUUGUGGCUACAGAAAAGCCUAUACACUUUGUAGGCGAGUUUGAUGAGCAAGGGCCGAGCUUUGACAAUGUGAAUGAAGAUGGUCUCAGACAAGAAGAGAUCAACUAUAUUGAAAAUCAACAAAGGUAUCAGCGGUUCAACAACUAUGGAACCAAUCAGAACCUCUCAUACCGCAACCCCAAUGUUGCAAAUCCUCAAGAUCAGCCCAAGCAGCAGUUUAGUGGGCAACAACAGAGCUAUGGACAGCAGCAGCAACCGGCUCAGGGCAGUAACUACAACAGCCAACCGCAGCAACAUAAGUUUCCACCAGGGUUCAGUCCACAGUCGAUGGGUCAGCAACAACAGCAGCAGGCGCCGGUUCAGAGUCAGAUGGGACCAGAUAUGUGUGGGCUUCUACAGAAAUUGCUACAGGGUCAACAAAGGCAAAAGCUCAUUGAGGACAAUGAGCAGAUCGGUGGGGAGGCAGCCUCAAGAGAUGAGCAAGAGGAUGAGGUUUUAGAGAAAGAACUGGUUAAAGACAAGGCUAAAGAGGUGGAGAAGGAACCUGAACUUGAAAAGCCAUAUGUUCCACCACGUUCUUAUCAGCCUAAGAUACCUUUUCCAGAGCGAUUCAAGAAGAAACAAAUCUUAGACAGGGCAAAGGCAGUAUUUGAAAAGAACUUAGAGAAUACUCAGAUGACAUUGCCGAUCAUAGAUACUUUUCUAGCUAUACCUCAGCUUGGAAAGUUUCUAAAGGACGCGAUACUUAACAAGACAAAGGUGCUUCAAGGGAUGGUCAUCUUGAGUCAUGAGUGCAGUGCCAUUAUUCAGAGGAGAUCAGUGCCAAGAAAGUUAUCAGACCCUGGUAGCUUUACUUUACCAUGUGCAAUCGGUCCAUUGAAGUUUUCAAGCUGUUCAUGUGACUUGGGAGCUUCUGUGAGCUUAAUGCCUUAUUCAGUUACUAAAAGACUUGGGUUCAAGAGCUACAAAGCGGCAAAAAUCUCUCUUGUUCUUGCGGAUCGAUCAGUAAGAGUACCAAUAGGUUUGCUUGAAGACUUGCCCUUGAGAAUUGGUGAGAUUGAGAUCCACACAGACUUUAUAGUCUUAGAGAUGGAUGAAGAGCCGAUUGAUCCCAUCAUCUAG